GUGCGCGAUACAGGGCUCUCCUGCCUUCUGGGCUCCAACACAGCUCUGUGGCUGAACUGGGUGCUCACCAUCAGAAAUGCUGGGCUAUGGAAUACAGAUGUGGCAGCUCAGGUAGCCCCACGUUGCCUGGAGGAAUACAUCAUGCUUUCCGAUAAGAAGAAAUUGUAGGAGGCAGUUUUUUUUUUUUCCUAACGCCCCCCCCCCAAAAAAAAUACUGUAAAGAUGCAAAAACGUAAUAUCCAUGAAGAUCCUAUUACCUAGGAAGAUUUUGAUGUUUUGCUGCGAAUGCGGUGUUGGGAUUUAUUUGUUCUUGGAGUGUUCUGCGUGGCUGGCAAAGAAUAAUGUUCCAAAAUCGGUCCAUCUCCCAAGGGGUCCAAUUUUUCUUCCUGGGUGUCAGCGAGCCCUGACUCACUACAGUGCAGCUGACAGGGGCUGUCAUGCAAGUGGCCCCCUAAGCCAAAGCAAAAGACGUAAGGACGACCUUUGAACAAUACAAAGGAUGGGUUUCAAUGUAAUUAGGCUACUGAGCGGAUCAGCUGUAGCACUGGUUAUAGCCCCUACUGUCUUACUGACAAUGCUUUCUUCUGCCGAACGAGGAUGCCCUAAGGGCUGUAGGUGUGAAGGCAAAAUGGUAUAUUGUGAAUCUCAGAAAUUACAGGAGAUACCGUCAAGUAUAUCUGCUGGUUGCUUAGGUUUGUCCCUUCGCUAUAACAGCCUUCAAAAACUUAAGUAUAAUCAAUUUAAAGGGCUCAACCAGCUUACCUGGCUGUACCUUGACCAUAACCAUAUCAGCAAUAUUGAUGAGAAUGCUUUUAAUGGAAUACGCAGACUCAAAGAGUUGAUUCUGAGUUCCAACAGAAUCUCCUAUUUUCUCAACAAUACCUUCAGACCUGUGACAAAUUUACGGAACUUGGAUCUGUCCUAUAAUCAGCUGCAUUCUCUGGGAUCUGAACAGUUUCGGGGCUUGCGGAAGCUGCUGAGUUUACAUCUGCGGUCUAACUCCCUGAGAACAAUCCCUGUGCGAAUAUUCCAAGACUGCCGCAACCUGGAACUUUUGGACCUGGGAUAUAACCGAAUCCGAAGUUUAGCCAGGAAUGUCUUUGCUGGCAUGAUCAGACUCAAAGAACUUCACCUGGAGCACAAUCAAUUUUCUAAGCUCAACUUGGCCCUUUUUCCAAGGUUGGUGAGCCUUCAGAACCUUUACUUGCAGUGGAAUAAAAUCAGUGUCAUAGGACAGACCAUGUCCUGGACCUGGAGCUCAUUACAAAGGCUUGAUUUAUCAGGAAAUGAGAUCGAAGCUUUUAGUGGACCUAGUGUUUUCCAGUGCGUCCCGAAUCUGCAGCGCCUCAACCUGGAUUCCAACAAGCUCACAUUUAUUGGUCAAGAGAUUUUGGAUUCUUGGAUAUCCCUCAAUGACAUCAGUCUUGCAGGGAAUAUAUGGGAAUGCAGCAGAAAUAUUUGUUCCCUGGUAAACUGGCUGAAAAGUUUUAAAGGUCUGAGGGAGAAUACAAUUAUCUGUGCCAGUCCCAAAGAGCUGCAAGGAGUAAAUGUGAUCGACGCAGUGAAGAACUACAGCAUCUGUGGCAAAAGUACCACGGAGAGGUUUGAUCUGGCCAGGGCUCUCCCAAAGCCGACCUUUAAGCCCAAGCUCCCCAGGCCGAAGCAUGAGAGCAAGCCCCCUCUGCCCCCCACGGUGGGAGCCACGGAGCCCAGCCCAGAGACCGAUGCUGACACCGAGCACAUCUCUUUCCAUAAAAUCAUUGCAGGGAGCGUGGCCCUUUUCCUGUCCGUGCUCGUCAUCCUGCUCGUUAUCUACGUGUCAUGGAAGCGGUACCCUGCGAGCAUGAAGCAGCUGCAGCAGCGCUCCCUCAUGCGAAGGCACAGGAAAAAGAAAAGACAGUCCCUAAAGCAAAUGACUCCCAGCACCCAGGAAUUUUAUGUAGAUUAUAAACCCACCAACACGGAGACCAGUGAGAUGCUGCUGAAUGGGACGGGACCCUGCACCUAUAACAAAUCAGGCUCCAGGGAGUGUGAGGUAUGAACCAUUGUGAUAAAAGCGCUCUUAAAAGCUGGCAAAUAAGUGGUGCUUUAUUGAACUCUGGUGACUAUAAAGGGAACGUGGUGUCCUCCUCCCCUUCCCUCUCCCUCUCACAUUGCUGGCAAGGUCCUUCCCUGUCCGUUUUAGUACAUUCAUAAUACUGGUCAUUUUCCUCUCAUACAUAAUCAACCCAUUGAAAUUUAAAUACCACAAUCAAUGUGAAGCUUGAACUCUGGUUUAAUACAAUGCCUAUUGUAUAAGACCUUUUAUUGAUUCCAUUAAUGUCACACUUGUUUUAAGAUAAAACUUCUUUCACAAGUAAUCCCCCACAUCUGCUGUUAUUCUUCUGGUAGGACCAAAUCUACAGUUCUAGAAGGUUUGCAGUUUAUUGGGAAAUCAAGGAAGAGUGAAUGAUCCCAGGUACUUGGAGCUUGAACUGAUUCUAGGAGGUGACAUGAUUAAGGAACAUUUAGAGAGAGAGCCUUAAAACAAUGCCUGGCUUAAAAAGAAAAUUGCAGGAAACUACAAAAGAUGGUGCUCUGUUAAAGCAGCACCAGGAGCAGUUUCCAGAGGUAUUUGCAUUGUAAUAAGGCAAGCCUAGGGAAAAGUGCUGAAGGGUUAAAAUGCUGCAAGUAGACAACUGGAAAACAUGAGGAGAUGGUAAAAAUACAAAGUUUUAGACUUGAAGCCUUGUCUUUGAAACCCAUCCCUGUAAAAUCAGACUAGAGGUUUCACUGUCAAUUUCUUCUAGCCUCUAUGUUCCCUAAAUAAAGAAAUAAAUAAAGCAGGCAAGAGGCAAAUUUGAGGAGGUAGAUUUCCUCACUGCUCCUCACCUUAGGGAGUUUUCAGAGAGGAGGCUUGCAAACGGGAAGGCAGCUUGAUAAAUGCAUGUGAUUGGGAUCUUACUCGAAUUCCUCUUUCCAGCUCUUUCAAGGACCCUCACGUAGUGAGUGGAAUCAUUAGCUCUGUCUGUUCUUCUGUUUGGGAUUUGUCAGGCUGUCCUGUUGUGUUCCAUUAUAUGCCCCGUAUACACAUCCUCUGGUGAGUGACACUUCAAUCAGGUGUAUAGAGAACACAUUCCAAGACACGCUUUCCACCAACAGCCUCAUUGAAAAGGAUGAUUUUGAUAACACCUUAAUAAAUGUAUAAAAUAAAUCUUAGAGGAAAAAAGACCAAUCCUAUGGCAGUUGUCUUUUGCUUUUCUAUUGCUGAUGUUACAGUGUCCAUACAUUCAUUUGUAUUGUGAACUCAUCCAUCAGUAUGAUUCUGUACAGACCCUGUUGGCAAUCUGCAAGCUGCAUGCAUGUUUUUAUGUCAUUGGUGAAAGUUUAUUGACUGCAGCACAGAUAUCAUAGCUUCUGUAUUUAAGUAACUUUGACCACAGUUCAUUAAGAUUUUAGAAAAAUGUCUUAAGCCUGUAUCCUUUUUCAUCUUCCAAAAUGAACAGUUCUAUUAUAGGAGCAAAAAUCAGGAAUUGCAACAUUGAGUCUGUUUCAUUUAAUUUGGCUUGCCAAGCCCCACAUCUUUAACCAUGUCCCUGUUCCUUCAAAACAGAAUCGCUGCAGCAAAAAAGAAAAAGUGAAUGGCUAUUUUUACCAGCAUUUUUAUAUAGUUUGGAAGCUUUUCAUAUGCUGAGAGGAAAAAUCUAGGCAAGUCACCAUGAAAUAUAAUUGCAAGGAAGCCAGAUUAUAAAAAUCAUACUUUUAUAAGCAAUAAAGAAAAAGGAACACUUAAAGUGGGUUUCUCAAGGUGCUUUGAUUUUGAUUAAAUCUUAAAAUAAAUGCCAGUUUAGAAAAGCAUCAUAGCUACAAUAUAUUUACCCUUGAACAAUUGUUGAAUAUACAUUUAUUAAUGGCAAAUAUUCAUAGAUUCCCAAUUGAUUAAUAAUGCAGAUACUUCCUUACAGUACUAUGAACUGGAUGACUGAGCCUACUGUGAUGUUUUUCACUGAAGUUGUAAUUUCACAUUUUUCAUAAAAUGUCAGUAAAUAUAUAUUCCAUCUAAAAAAGAAAUUUUCUUUGGUCAGCCUCAUUUUUAUCUGUACUAAAGAUGAUUGUAUUAAUUAAAUACAGUGUUAAAGUGAAAAAGCCCAUUUCUAUUCUUUGACUUGACAUUUUGCCUCAUUUGUCAUGG